AUGACCGGCGACCCUCCUCGCUCUCGCCUUCAACCGCUUUCGCAGCUCAAAGCGGGACCAACCACUUUCAGCUCCAAGUCCACGGCCUUACCUGGUUCUUCAAAUCUCUCAACUUCGUACCCUCCCCAAAGGCCUCCGCUGUCAAAGUCCGUUAGUCGGGAUGAACAGGCUGGUGCGACCAGCGAUAAGGCAACAGCAGCCUUGAUCCGACGCGUCUUGUGUCCCCAGACUGGCACCCAUGGUGGAGCUUCCACCCCCCAGCCUCCGGGAGACUUGCUACCGCCGCUCACGAGCUCCAACGAGAUCGAUUUCCAGCUCUAUGCCAUUGUCGCCGCCAUAGUGAAGGAGUUUGUUCUUUCGUGGUACUUGAAGAUCACACCGGAUCAAAUUCUGGUGAACGAAGUGCUCCAGGUAAUUGCGCAUUGCACUCGUGCGCUGGAGCAGAGACUUCGAGGAACCGACGUUGCACAGCUGCUUCUGGACGAAAUUCCGGCUCUGGUUGAAGCACAUAUUACCUCGUACAGGCUUGCUAGGGAACAGUCUCGACUGUCUGGACUCUCUCCAUCCGCUCGUGAAAUUUAUCAUGCCUUGCACCCGCAUCCGGCGUUUUCACCCAUCCCGAAUCCCUCGAACGCGAACGCCGUUGAGCGACAGCGCGCAAACGAGGCCGCAUAUCGACAGCUACUUGCGCAGGGAGUGUUGGCCGUACUUCUCCCGACGGAGGACCUAGAGAAUGCUUGUCUGCGGACGCUGGCCAGCGAUAUUUUGGCUGACCUGAUCUUGGGAGCCCAAAUUAGUGGAAAGCUGUGUGAAGGGUGGUUUCUGUGGGAGAGUAUCACAAAGCUUGUGGAUACUGUGGGACGCCAACCCAUCCCGGAGGAUGACACAAACACGACAGUACCCCUUAAACAUGACCAAUUACGGAAGUUUGGGCUGCUCACCUCCAGGGAAGAGUUCCAGAAACGCCAUCCAUCCAAGCACCAGGUACCGCUUGCAGAGUGGAUGUGGAACAUUCUCCAGGGGGCAUAUCUGGUCUACGUGGCUGUACGUUUCAUCGUGACGGGGCUCUUUCGCGUUGCAACCGCGCCCUCGGCUUCCACAAUUCCUAUCAGCCAUACACAAGAGGCGUCGCCUUUACGCGACCCCCCUGAAAAGCACCCUGUGCUGGACUACGGACUGUACAGGAUGCUUUCCCAACUACUCGAUGUCCCUCGGCGAAUGCCGUGGCUAAGUGGGUUGCUGGCACUGUCCCAAUACCUGAUCCUGGCAGGCCCAGGCCGAUUAGGUGACACCGGCAGCGUUCUUGAUAGGUUCCUCCACGAGACCAUUCAAGACUAUAUUCUGACCCCCACUUUACUGCCCAACCUGCUCCGCGCGUCCAGGGCGGCACUUUUCCCUUUGAACGCCCUUCCGGGUCAGGCCGCGGCGGGUACGAAUGCCACCGGCCCUCCGACGCCGCACUUGCCUGUGCAACCUCCAGUUUCGCCUACAGAGAGGGAUCCUGGUAGCGAUGCCGCUGGCGCAAGUAACGCCAGCAGUGGCGUCUCUACGCCUAACCUCUCAGCGACCGCGCCUUCCGUCUCUCCGGACCCACGUCCAUCCGCGGCCGAAAUCGCUUCCAUCAAGCGACGGUGCGCGGUGAGCCUUUUAUUGCGGAUUCCUCGUCCAAUUGCACAGCGCUUCUUUGGUAUUCCCGCCAAUGGCCAUGGACACACACCCCUAGACGGGGAAGCGUCCCCUGGACAGGACUGCCAGCGGUCAGAGUCUUCCCGGGCGUCGUCGCCGGCUCCCCCCGCCUCCACCAGCCUAGAAGAGUCGCUUCUCCUCGCAGCGAUCGAGAACGAUCUUCUCGAUCUAUUUGCGGAUGAGUACUGUAAUAAACAUCUAAUCUAUUCGAUCAUCGAAGCUAUCCUGGCGAAGCUUCUCCCGGAAUUAUCGGAGCGCAGCCCAACGGAACUAAUGGAGGACAGAGGGGUGAUCACCACUUUCACCAUAUGA